GAAACCGAUACGGUACGGCGUUUCCAGGCAGCAGGUGGCCGAACACCCCAAAACGUGAAUGGGAUGGGUGGCCAUUCCUAUUCUCGUCAACCAUUUAUUUAUUUACAAUUUUCAAGAAGUAUUUGAAGAAGAAACGAAACCACAAUUUUCCUUAUCGAUUCAAUAGCUCACGAACAAAAUCUAACAAGUAAAAGCAUAUUCGUCUUCCUGUCCGUCGGAUUCUCCUCAUAACAGGGUUUGAAAUAUAAGAUUUGUUGGCCUUCAGUUGGCGUCGUGAAUUGCUAGAGAAGAGCUUUGCAAUUUUAUGCAUACACGGGGAUUUUGAGUUGGUAAAGAAACGUAUGAUGUUGACCCCGAAGAAGAAAUGGUUGAUUGCUCUUGGGGUAGUUGGAGCUUCAUCUUAUGGUGCAUACAGAGUGUAUUAUUCGAGAAAGACGAGGAGAAUCAUGAAGCUAUUGGGAGCGUUAUCAUCCAUCUGUGAAAUGAUGUCUGAAUCGGCCGAGGCUGUUAGUAUCAUCUCCAAGGAUUUGAAGGGAUUUCUUCAAUCUGAUUCUGAUGAAAUCCCUAACAGUUUGAAGCAAUUGUCUAAAAUUGCUCAGUCUGAAGAGUUUUCCAAGUCACUGUGCAGACUCUCAGAGAGUGUAACCUAUGGGGUUUUGAGGGGAUACAAUUCACACGAAAAAAGUACUGAAAUUGAAGAGGUAAAAAGCUCAACAUUUUUAGACAAGCUUAUGGAUAAGCUGAUUAGUAGUUCGGGAGCUGGUUUUGUUUCAGUAGUCGUUGGUAGUUUUGCUAAGAAUUUGGUCACAGAGGUUUACUCACACACCCAAUCCCAUUCAUCCAGUUUACCAGGGUGGGUAGAUUUACUUUGUGAUGAUCGCUUCAAGAUAGUAAUAGCUGAAUGCAUAAAAACCUUUGUUAGCACGGCUGUCACCAUUUAUCUUGACAAAACAAUGCAUAUUAACUUCUAUGAUGAUUUGUUCUCUGGUAUGACUAAUCCUAAGCACAAAUCCGAAGUGAGAGACGCGAUUGUUUCCCUUUGUAAUGGAGCAGUUGAAACUUUGGUGAAGACAUCCCACCAAGUAACAGACAAGCAAAGUAAGGGGUUAUGGUUGAGCAAUGUGUCGUCCACUUUGGCAGUGCCAAGAAAUAGGAGGUUUGUGCUUGAUGUUACUGGAAGGGUGACAUUCGGGACUGUAAGGUCUAUAGUGGAGUUCGUAAUGUGGAAGAUGUCCGAAAGCCUGAAAGCAAGUGUUGAUGUGGUCAAACAAGAAGUUUUCCAGAGGGGAACUGAUGGCAUGAGAUACAUUUGUGCCAAAUCAUCUGUUAUCCUUGCGAUAUGCUUUGCAUUGGUAUUGCAUGUGAUUGGUAGUACUCAUACCCUGUUGCGUGCCCAGAUCUGAUCUGAUCCAUGUGUACUGUUGAUGAUGAUGAACAACACUAGAUGAACUUGCAUUUGUUAAGUUCUUGCGUGUGUGUGUCUAUAUAUAUCAUUGAAGGGAAACAAUUGUGCCUUUAGUUUAUUGUGGUCAUAUUCAAACAGCAAGUAAUAUGGCACGAUGCUCUGUUUUUACCUGGUUCCAUGGGUAGAUAAUCUGUACCAAUAUCUUAUGUAAAAGCAUAAAAUGACUAAAAAUAACUACGGGGUGUUAAUAUUUCUA